CUCGCUCUCGCUCCAUAUUCGUGUGUGUCCACUUCGGCGUUAGGUUUCUGGUAUUUUACAAGUAUCAGUUGACAUUUCUCUCCAUCGUUUUCAAAUGGGGGACUCUGAAAACGCUAACCAGCCUUCCAAAAAGAGAGGUGCUUUGAAGCAGCUGUCUCGUGAGAAUCCAGAUGAUGAUGAUAAUGAUUCAACUGAACUUCAGAGUGGAACUUUCAAGAAGGCCAGUGAUGAGGUGUUGGCAACUAGAAGAAUUGUCAAAAUCAAGCGCAAAGAGCCAUCAUCAGCAGCUGCACCACCCGCAGCAUCCAACCCAUUCGCUGGAAUUCAAUUGCUCCCUACUACUACUGCCCCUGCUUCAACUGCUUUGGGAACAAAUUCUCCUCUGGCUGAGUCUAAAGUGGCUCCAGCUGAAGCUGUAGUUGAGGACAAUCAAAAGGCAACUGAUCCUGAAGACGGUGAUGAAGUUGACAGUAAGAAAGAUUGUGCUGGAGAAGACUCUGAAAAGACUAAAGAAAAGGAUGUUGAUGAUGAUAAUCAGUGUGGAAAGACAUGUGAUGCUGCUGUAGACCAGACAGUCUCGGGUGUUACUAACAUUAGCAACGCUGUGGAAGAAGCAGAUCAAACUGAGGAUCCUCUUGAGAAGGAAUCAGGAGGUGAAAUAAAAGAAAAAGGAGGCGAAGGAAGCGUUGAAGCAGAUAAGAACGGUGACAGUAAUAACAAUGGCUCUUUGAGUUCGUUCCAGCAGCAUUCAAGUAGCAAAAACGCAUUCACCGGACUUGCCAGUACACAGUCUUCUGCUUCUUCCUUCUCAUUUGGUGUUGUUUCUCAGGAUAGUUCAACUGGUGGUUCUGGAUCUCUCUUCGGCUUUGGCCUCUCAAACAGCAGCAACCCUUCUCUUUUCGGUGCAUCUGGAUCUUCCAUUAUCAAGAAGAGUGAAGGUAGUGGGUUUCCUCCAAAGCAAGAGGUUUCCACAGAAACAGGAGAAGAGAACGAGAAAGUUGCCUUCUCAGCUGACUCGAUUAUGUUUGAAUAUCUUGAUGGAGGGUGGAGAGAGCGUGGCAAAGGAGAAGUCAAGGUAAACGUUUCCAGCAAUGGCGGUAAAGCAAGGUUGGUUAUGAGAGCUAAAGGAAACUACAGACUCAUCUUAAACGCGAGUCUCUACCCGGAGAUGAAACUUGCAAGCAUGGACAAGAAAGGAAUCACAUUCGCUUGUGUGAAUAGUGAAGGCAAAGAAGGUCUCUCUACGUUUGCGCUUAAGUUCAAAGAUCCAACAAUCGUGGAAGAGUUUCGUGUAGCUGUUGACAAACAUAAAGACAGUAAACCAGUAGAAACAGCUCCUCCGUUGAAGUCUGAGAACUCUCCAACAGCUACAGAUGCUUGA